AUAAAUACCCUAAAAAAAAGACAAUAAAUAAAUACGGAGUAAAUAAAUAAACGGUUUCUUUAGUACUCCGACCCGGUCGGCAGCGCAACUCCACCUGUCAUGGCGGAUUCCGACGAGGGCAGAGAGGAUACAAUUUCUGAAGUAGUAACAGAAUCGUUACUGGACAGCGUUUUCGAAUUGAAGAGAAUCAAGUGUACUCCUUCCAUCUGCGAUGCGUCUCCAACAGAUACAGAUCGGUCAUUGGUUGCAAUUCGAGAUUAUGCUGCCGAUGAUUCUCCCCGCACUUCCCUCGUCUUCCCUCCGGCGAACCACGAGAACCUCCCGGUCUCCGUGAAUCUCAUUGGCGCUUUCAGUCGCCAGCACCAUCUCAAAUCGUCAUUUUCGUGGGAAUUCCCGUCAUCGCCAUCGGAGUCGAUGUCGUCGUCGUCUCAGUCACGAUUCGUCGCCGAGAAUGACGAUUCGUCGUCUUCAUUCUCUCCGUCGGGCUCGGACUCGGGGGAUCCGUCCAAUCCUCCCCCUUGGACUCAGCAUCCGCCGCCGAAAACGGUUGCCGGCUCGGCUCGGUGGUGGAAUUUCGGAAUUGAAUUCCUACAUUCCAAAUUCAACGGAAUUGUGAAGCAUCUCCUGAGUUUCGCUUCUGUACCGGGGGCAAUUUCGUCAUCCUACUCUCCCGUCGGCAGAGCCACGCUCGCCGCGGCGGUGUUCAUGUUCAUAUACUUCUGGCGGCGGCGGCGGCGGCGGCGGAGAUUGGAGAUCAACAGGGAGAGCAGGGAACAGCUGAUUCGAACAGUCAAAGAAAAAGACAAGAGGAUAAAUCAACUAUUGGAACAAAUUGCAGAAAUGAAUAAACUAUUGGUAGCUCUUCAAAAUGGUCAUCAAUCCAAUCCCAGUUGACAUUAGCUGAGUAAAACGCAGGCAUCAUUAUCAAUAAUCAUUAGUAGAUGAUAUUAAGUCUCAAUUUCGAAUUUUGUAGAUACAACAACUUGCCUUGUCAAAUAGGAUUCAUAGCUCAACUUGGUGUAAUCAAAAGUCUAAAAAUAUAAUGGUUUGGCUCUUUAGCUUGUGAGAAUUGUGGGUUAUGGGUAAUAUUAGAGACUAUUAAGUAUUUUGCUCUCCCCAGAGAACAUUUGCUGAAAUUUGAGCUAAUAUAUGUAAAUGGCAGUAUCUGUCUUGUUUGUUGAGUUGUGCCUACUAAUAGUUACGGAGUAUUUGUAUUUUACAAUGCCGAGUUGAGUUAGAUUUUGGCU